UUUUUACAAGAUUUUUUUAACAGUAUUUUGUCAAAAAUAAUCAGAUAUUUUCAGUGGGAUUAAACUAGAAUGUCUGCUAGUAACUUAUGACAAUGAAUUACCUUUGGUACAGCAGAAAGUUUGGGUUUUGUAAUGAGGUUUUAAGGUACCAGUAUUAACCUUGAUGCUGUCCCACAGUACUCGCUGCCCCUUCAGCUGAUCAACCACACUGUGAUGACGCAGUGGAUGGAAAUUCUGCGAUCCAUUGUGGACAGAGACGUACCUGCAGAGACUUUGGAAGUUGAUGAGGAUGAUCGUCCAGAGCUGGCUUGGUGGAAGUGCAAGAAGUGGACGUUGCGCAUCAUCACUAGACUGUUUGAGCGGUAUGGAAGCCCCGGCAAUGUGACCAAGGAGUACCAGGAGUUUGCAGACUUUUUUCUGAAGACCUAUGCAGUAGGCAUACAACAGGUCCUGCUGAAAGUGGUCGACCAGCACCGACGGGGUCAGUAUGUUACUGCUCGGGUUUUGCAACAGUGCUUCACCUACCUCAACCAGGGCCUUUCACAUUCACUGACAUGGAAACAGAUGAAACCACAUAUGCAGGUACAUGUACCUUACUCAUAGGAUGUUUCUUUAGUUACAUAGUAGAAUAUACUUUAUUGA